AUGGUGAAUCCUUCUACCGAAGUCUUAAUAGCUUUGUCACCUGAGAGGACGUAUGCCACAUCUGGCGUCAAGGCCUUCACUCCUGAGGAGAGACAGUGCUAUUACAGUAAUGAGAUCUUUAGUACGAUAGCAGAGUUUCCAUUGGGUUCACUUGACUUACGAAUUAGAAUUACUAGAGAAAAGAUAAAGAAUAGCAAAGAAGAUCAGCAACCUUGCGACUUCCGGACAUGCAACUUUAAAGAUAUUGAUUGCAUACAAAAGGCUGUUAAGAAGCAUGAAUUCAUUAGUCGUAAUUGGAAUGAUAGUAAAUUGAAUCUUUUUAAAUGUUUGCCGGAAUGCGAACAUUAUGACUAUCCCUUGGAAGUUGCUUUGGGUAAACUAGCUGACAGUGUCUUCGUGAAUGGUCUUCCUUUUUUCGAAAACGUUAAUUUGAAGAAUCGCUCGCUUUUAAAUGUGUUUUUUCAACGAUUGGUAUCUAUUAGCUGCUUUGGUGGUCUUCUAAGUUUAAUGCUGGGCUUCACACUGAUAUCAGGAUUCGAUGUAAUAUUGUUUUUACGGUUCGGAUAG